AUGUCGACAACUCGAUCCUUAUCAAACCCACCAGCUUAUUAUUACACACUCACCACAAAACAACAACGAACUUGGCGACAAAACACCAGGAAAAUUUUAAGAAAUGAAGAAUUACGGAAACAAUAUCCACCAUUUACAUCAACAACAAAUAUUCCCAUUUAUCACAUUCAUUACAAAUCAACAAUGGAUGUUAUCGACGAAUUAAUUAUAAAAGCAAAGCACACUCAAAGAUAUACAAUUGAUACAGAAUCGGAAAAAUGUGGAAAACGAAACAUUGGUGCUCUCAUCCAAAUCCAAUUCGUACAAGGAUGGCAUGAUGGAUCAAAUACGGAUCCGGAAACGGAAAGGCGUAAUGAUGAAAAUAGGCUUCAAUUAUUACUUAUGUAUGAGGAGCCCGACAACGACGAUGAUUCUGAAGACAUUAAUGAUAUUCAAUAUGAUCCUAAUCAAGAACAAGAACAAGAAGAUUCAGAUCUUACAUGGUCACUACAAGAAGCAGCUGCAACAACGUUAAAUAAAUUUCUUGACAAAUCUAUGACAGUUAAUUUAUGGCAAUGUGGUUUAGAUCUUCAACUAAACACAUGGAAAACUAAAUUAUUUAGCCGAAAAUGA